AUGGAUAUGGGUAAUAAUCCUUCCAGUUCCGAACACACGCAAAAGGAUAAAGAAGAAGAAGAAGAAGAAGAGGCAAUUAAAGAUACGAUUAUACUUCAUAAUAAACAUCUAGAUCAUCUGCAAGACGAAAGAAAGGGAAGCAUAUCAUCCAACUUAUUCACAAACAAAAAUAGCUCGAAGAGACAUGCAACUUCAAUAAUGUCUCAAAGUAAAGUUACUAAUGACAAUAUUCAGAAUCCACCAGAAACAGUUUUUUUCAAGAAGGGAUACUCGAUAAGUAGAUCUAUGCAAGAUGAUUCAGAUAUUAAAACAGAAGGGCAGGCAACAGUUGAUUCGGAAAAUAUACAUGAACCAAUGGCAUCUUUAUCGUUGAAAACUUCAAUGGAAAACGAUGAAAAUAGGAAAUCAUUUUCCUUCAUGUCUCCUGGACCGGCCAAUCCUACAGUGGAACAGACAAAGCAUGAUGUUACUAAUAAAGAGAAUUCAUUUGAACAUCGUCCAAGUAUAGUCACUUUGAAACAAACGCUAAGUGGGACUAAGGUUACUAAUGAUAACAAUAUCGAUAAACUGAACAAGACCAUUUCUUCAUCGUCCAAUAGUCAAUCUGUUUCAACAGCAUCUUCAUCGUCAAUUGCUAAUAGAACUGGAUCUAUCGAUAUCCCAAAGGAAAACAGAUAUAAUUUCAAAGAUGCCAUGGACACGAUACCUAAACAACAUUCCGUUCAUGCUUAUCAACAUGAUUAUUUCACAAUAAAUGAUGAGAAUGCUAGAAAUGGUAGCGAUGGAAGGUUAUCAACUUCAGGUGAUAAUAGCGAACCAGGCGUGCUACAAAAUGUAGAUAUUGUAUUGAAUCAGUCAUUUCUUAAGGAUGCAAUGAAGCGUGAUAUGAAAAGGAAAAGAACGGAUACAGGAGCUUCCACUGCCACACCAGAUAUUGAGAAGCCCACCGAAAAGAAGAAACCGAUCUCAGCGACAGCAGCAAUGAUGCUGAAACUAUAUGGUGAUAAGAAUCAAAUGGAAAAGGAAGAGAAGAAAAGUAGUGGUAGCUAUUCAUAUGCUGAUCAGUAUGAACAUUCUACUAGUCAAAUUAACUUACGAGAGGUUAAAAAGAUAAAACAUAUAGAAAAUGAUUUUGUGGAGGAUAAUUUUGGAAUCUCUUCUCCAAAAGAAAUCAAAAUUCAACAUAUUGAUGAUGUCAAAAAUGCUCCUCCAUCGUCUUUAUCAUCAUCCAUGUCCUCAAGCUCAUUUGGACCUUCAUCAGAUGAACAGACGAAUGAUAAUGUUCAAGUAGUAUUGAAAUGGAGAGACCAGAUUGACAACCCAAAACACUGUAAGAUUUCUAUUGUAAGUGAUGACAUUAGUUCUGCCAUACCUGCUAAGGCAACAAAAGCAGGAAAAUUACCAAUGUUAUUUAAUCCUAUGAUAAAAGAGUGGUACGUACCUAAUCUUCUUUUACCUCCUGGUAUUUAUAGAUUAAAAUUUUCCAUUAAUGGAGAUCUAACACAUUCAAAUUUCUUACCUACUGCAACUGACUCUAUGGGUAAUAUUGUGAAUUGGUUUGAAGUUCUACCAGGUUACGAUACAGUGGAACCAUAUAGAGAUGAAAUUAUUGAAACCACAUUCCAUACAAAUGGGAGCCAAGGUACUCUACGAGACAAUAAUCCUACCACAAUUAGAUCCCGAAGAUCCUCUUCUUUCGUUAGUGCUAAUGGAGAUUUAGCAUCAAUGACUCCUUAUUCAGAUUAUACAGGGAUUAGUAGAUCAAAUUCUGCCCUCAACAGUAAAAGAACUUCCUUAGUUUCACUAAGGGGUGUUGGAAAACUUGAUUUAUUUACACCCAUGGAACCCAAAAAAAUAGAAUAUUCUAAUGAAAUUCCAGAACUAUUUAAAAUUUCCAAUAGUAUUGAAGAUGAGGACGACGACGAAGGUGAUUAUGGACAUAAUGAAACACUAAGUCCCUUUGAAGAACCAAGUUUUACCAAUAGAGUUGUGGAUUGUAACCAAGAUAAAUUAUUUUCCGACCUUCAAAAAAAUGGUAACAUUGACGCUGAGACUGCAGAAAUGUUAUUCUUAAACAAAUACCAAGUUCCAGACCUUCCGAUUUAUUUGAACUCAAGCUAUCUAAAUAAGAUUUUUCUUCAAUUUCAAAAACAACAUAAUGACCCCACACCCUCUGCAAAUACGGCAUCUACGAUUGGUAUUACUCAUAUCAUCCCACAUGUCAAUUUAAACCACCUUUUAACGAGCAGCAUCAGAGACGAAAUCAUCAGUGUAGCAUGUACGACUAGAUACCAAGGAAAAUUUAUCACCCAGGUGAUGUAUGCUCCAUGUAAUUAUGGAAAUCCUGAGAUAAAAUCUUCGUAA